CACAAUGCAUCGUUGUGUUCCCCCCGGCUCACGAAGAUAAUUUCAAUGCCCCUUGCGCGGGGCCAUUGAAGCCUUCAUAUCUUGCCGGAGCAUUAUGAUGUUCAAGCCGUGUCGCUGGAUCGAUAGUGUGUGGAGCUGCUUGCUUCUAGCAGCGGCAUUCCAGCAACUCGCGGUGGCCCAAGUGGACGACGACGCGCUUUCACGAUGUACCGAUAACUUCACCAGUAUUGUCUUGACUAAGGCGACCACGGAGAAUGUGACCCGCAGCCGGCAGGACGUCGCACUGGCCGUCAGCGACUUUGUGACCAACUGCCUGAACAUAAAAGUGGAGACGCGAGCCCUGCGAAUCAUGGUUCCCGCCACCGGCCUGUACCCGCUGCUACAGCAGCGGGCGGCGGAGUUUGAGAAGGCCACAGGGCUCCGGGUGGCGCUGAACUCGGUUCCCUUCUACGAGAUGGGCGCCGAGGCGCAGCAGGAGCUGGUGUCGCAGCUGAGUGACUUCAGUGAUGGCUGGAUCCUGGAUCCAAGCACCACGGGCGAGCUGGCGAGCCUGGGAGGCUUCGUGCCCCUGGAUGCAUACAUCCCAGAGGACUCCAGCAUUCAGUGGAGUGACGUCUCGCGCUUCUUCCGGACCAUCUCCGCCAUCUAUGACGGCAAGGUGGUCGCCAUUCCCUUCGAUGGCGACCUCUUUCUGAUGUACUACCGGCGCGACCUGUUUGACCGCUACGGGCUGCGCGUGCCCGCCACGUGGGACGAGUUCGUGGAUCUGGCUCAGCGCAUGAACGGCACCGACACGGACGGCGACGGCCACGGCGACCUGUGGGGCGUGUGCUUCGACAACGGCACGCCCGUGUGCAAGGCCAACUUCAUCCUGGUGGCACUGAUGGCGCCGUACCUGCAGUACAAGGGCACGUCACAGGGCUGGCUGCUGGACCCAGACACCAUGCGGCCGCUGGUGGACAACCCCGCCAUGGUCCGAGCACUCCAGCACUAUGUGGACCUGUUCAACAUCCAGCCCAAGAACGCGACCUGCGAGGCUAGCAACCGAUACUUCAGGGAGGGCAAAUGCCUGAUGACCAUCAACUUCGGCGAUGAGUUCAAGGCCAACGCGCUGACCCGGGGCGGCACAAGCACACUCGGCGUGGCGCCGCUGCCCGGCUCCACCCAGGUCCUGGACCGCCGCACCAACCAGCUCAAGAGCUGCACCGGCCCCGCCGUGUGCCCCUUCGCCAAGCAGACUCGCCUUGCCAACGGCACCACCGCCUGGGUCAACUACGCGCCCUACAGCGCGUUUGGCGGCUGGUCUGCGGCCAUAUCAUCUUUGGCGAGCUCCCAACAACGGCACCGCGUAUAUCAGUUUUACAGCUACAUCGCGCAGCCCAACAACAGCUGGCACGACGUGCUUGACCCCAACAGCGGCAUCGACCCCUCGCGCCGCAGCCAGCUGGAGACCGAGGGGCCCAACUUCCAGCGCUGGACGGCGGCGGGGUACGAGGAGGCCGCGACGCGCUCGUAUCUGACGGCCGUGAACGAGGCCCUGGAGAGCCCAAACAUCGUCUUGGACUGCCGCCUCCAAUUCGUGGGCCUGCCGUACCGCCUGUACUACGAGUUCGCGCUGCACGGCCUGACCUGGAACCGCACCGCCAACGUCACCAUCAACAGCACGAUAGCGACGAUGUCGGCUCAGGUGGCUGUCGGCCUGUCCAGCGUGGGUGCGCCGGCGGACGUCCAGAAGCAGUACUGGAAGCUGCUCGGGUACCAGCCGCCCCCCAGCGAGGCAACGCCGGGGGAUGGAGGCGGCAUCUCGCCGGGCGGCAUCGCGGCGGCGGUGGUUGUUCCCACCGUGGGGGUGCUGCUGGCGGCGGCGCUGGCGCUGCUGCUGUGGCGGCGCCACCAGCAGCGGCUGCACCUGCUCACGGGCGGCGUGCGGGCUCCAGGCGCGGGCCCCGGCACCACACUUCUUAUCACUGACAUCCAGUCCUCCACAGCUCUGUGGGAGCUGCUGCCAGAGGACGUGAUGGCCAAGGCUCUGGAGGUGCACCACGCCGUCAUCCGCCGCGCGCUGGUGAAGCACUGCGGCUACGAGAGCGCCACCGAGGGCGACUCCUUCAUCGCCGCCUUCCACACCGCCACCGAGGCAGUCCUGUGCGCCGUGAGCAUCCAACAGGAGCUGGUAGCCGCGCCCUGGCCGCCCGGGCUGCUCUACUGCACCGACUGCGCCGCGGUGGCGGAGGUGUCUGUGGCGCCCACCGCCUGGCACGGCGUGGCGAUGGGCAUGCUCAUGCCACGUGACCAGGCCCUCUACGGCGGCGGCGGCGGCGACGGCGGCGACAGCGACGACUUGGAGGCGGCGGACUGGCGCAUGCGGCGCACGCUGUCGGGCUUUAUCAGCUUUGUGAGGCGGCGGCGUGGGGGCGCCGGUAACAGCGCGGCUGGCGGCGCAGCAGCAGCGGCGGCGCUGGCGGCGGCUGCGGCAGCUAGCAAUGCCGAUACCGGCACACCGCUGCCGCGGCCGCUUUUGCAUGUGGCCACAGAGAACAGCCUGGUGACGGCGCAGCUGUUGGAGGAGCUGCCGGCGACAGAGGUGUCGUUGCAGAUCGACAAAGUGGCGGCCGACGGCGGCGGCACCUCGACGCCACUGGGUCCCAGCAGCGCACUCUACCCGAGCGGCACCCUGGUCAGCGGUCCGGUAGCGCCCUUUGGACGGCCCUCCGGCGGCGGCGGCGGCGGCGGCGGCGGCGGCGGCGGCAUGGGCAGUGCCAGCAAGCCGGCGUCGAUGCAUUCGGCGGGGGCCCGCGGUCGUGCGGCCGUGGCGAGGCUCAUGAACGGCAGUCUUCUGCCCUCACUGGCGUCGCCCCACUCGCCCCACAUGGCGACGCAGCCGCUGCAGCCGCGCGCGUUGAUCACAUACGUGUGCGAGGCGUGGCAGCGCCUGUCGGCCGGCGGCGGCGAUACCAGCGUGCGCGGCGGCGGAGCCGCUGCCGCCGGCGCCGCGCCGGCGUCUGUGGGAGAGCUCCAAAGCGUCGCGUCCAUCAAGGACUCGGGAGCCCUGGCGACUUAUGAGAGUGGCGGCGCCGGCAAUGGUGCCAGCACUGGUGGCAUGAUGCCGCCGGCGUCCCACAGCAACUCGCCGUUCGCGAUGGCGGCGGCGGUCGCCGCCGCCGCGCCCGUUUCGCAAGGCAGCGGCACGCUGCCGAUGGCGGUGCCGCCGCCGCAGCGCCAGAUUUCUCGCGGGCUGUCGCUCCGGCUGACGGCGCUAGGCAGCGGCGCGCUGAGCGGCGGAGCCGCCCAGCCCGGUGGCGGCGCCGCCGGCUCCGCCGCCACGGGUGCUCGCGUCCUCACCUUUCGUGGCCUGCGGGUGCGCGUGGGUCUGGCGUCGGGCGUGCUGGACGCCGUGGAUGUGACGUACAACGCGGCGGAGGCGCGGCAGCACUACGGCGGCGCCGCCAUGCGGCUGGCGCGCGCCGUCAACGGCGCCGCCGCGGGCGGGCAGGUGCUGCUGAGCGACUCCACCUUUGCGCAGCAGCGGCAGGAGCAGCAGCGCGGGCGGCUGGCGGGCGUGCUGUGGCUGCACAUGGGGCAGCACGUGCUGGAGCGGGAGCUGCCGCCGCAGCAGGUGUACCAGGCUGUGGGCGGCGGGCUGGCGGGCCGUCUGGCGCUGUUCCCGCCACUGACCGUCAGGUCCUCCUUGGCUGCGGGGGUGCUGGACGCACCGGUGGGCUCCGCCGCGGUGGCCUUCAUCCACGCCGUGGGCGCCGCCUCGCUGCUGGCCUGGGACGUGGCGGUGGCGCGCAGGGCACUGGCGCUGUUCGAGACGGAGCUGGCGCGGCAGCUGGCGCGGGGCCCGUCCGGCUUCGGCGACGGGCUGGGCGGAGGCGUGGCGGGCGCCGGCGGUGGCUACAUCGUGGAGGCCACUGGCGGUCUGGUGCUGGCGGCGUUCAGUGACGCGGGCCUGGCGGUGUCCACCUGCCUGGAGACCAUCGCCGCCAUGCCCACACAGCCCUGGCCGGCAGCGCUGCUUGAGAACGCUCUGUGCGAGGAGCUGGCGGUAGCGGGGGUGGACCCGGACGGCAAGCUGUCGCACCGGGUGCUGUUCAGGGGCCUGAGGGUCAAGGCUGGCCUGGACUUUGGCCCCGUGCGCGCCACCAUUAACGCCGCCACCGGCCGCCUCGCCUACCGCGGCCGCGUCAUGAACCGCGCCGCGCGCAUCGCAAACAGCGCCACAAGCGGCCAAGUGCUGUGUUCGAGAGAUCUGUGGCAGGCGGCGGCGGCCUCCGCGGCCGCCACCCGCCGCGCCGCCAACUCCCCGGAAAACGCGGCGGCCAUCGCCGCCGCCCAGGCCGCGCAAGCUGCGGCAGCGGCGGUGGCAAUGCCGAGUCCACAGCCAGUGACGGCUCGGGUCGCGCCCUCCGCGCCCUCCGCCUCCGCCCUGGGUUACACCCGCAGCGUGCGGCAGGCCGCGCCUCAGGCGCCCGCACCCGGUGUGUUGAAGGAGGUGGCGGCGCCGGCAGUGCCGGUGGCGCCGUGGCGGCCCUACUCAGCCAUGAGCAUGGGCCGCGCGGUGCUGCGCGGGCUGCAGGAGCCGGUGGAGCUGCUGCUGGUGCGGAUUGACGAGGAGGAGGAGGACCAGGCGGCGGCGGCGGCGGCAUCGGGGGCGGCGGGGGCGGCAGGGUGCGGCGCAAGCGGGGAGGCCACACGGGAGCGGCUGCUGGAGGGGUUGCAGCAGGGCCAGGGGCACGUGCAGCUGGGGCAGGCGGGGCAGCAGCCGGGCGUGGUGAUGAUGAGGAUGGACACGAGCGACUGCGGCACCGGCUGGGCAGGAGGUGGCGGAGGUGGCGGCGCCGACACUACGGGCAUGGGCACGGGCAUGGGCACGGGCACCGCCACCGCCAACGGCAGCAGGAACAACAGGCUAGGCACAGCCGCCGUUGGCGGCGGCACUGGGCCUGUGGACGCAGACGGCAUGCCUACUCGCACGAGCGCGCAGAGCGCCGCGGGCGGCGCGGCGGCUGUUGGCGCGGGCGGUACCGGCGGCGGCGGCGGCGGCGCGGGUGGCAGCGCGGCCGUCAGCGGCCUCAUGCCGGCGGCGCCGCACACCUCGCGUCGUCUCAGUGUCGUGCUGGCGACCGGGCAGCAGAUUGCGGCAGUAGCGGCGCACUGCGCUGCGGCGGGCCUCGGCGCCGGCGGCGGUGGCGGCGGCGGCGGUGGCGGCGGCGAACCUGGCAGUAGCCUGUCACACAUGUCCACGGCUGACUUGUCGAUGUUUGCUACAGUCAGCUUACCAGUCGGCGACUUACCGCCUCUGCUGGCAGUGGGAGGCAUCGCCAGCGCCACGGGUAUGCUGCCAGUGGCUGGAGCAGGCGGCGGCGUGAGCUUGGGAUUGGGCAUGGGGGCGGGCUCUGCACUUUUGCACCAGGUGCAGGCGAUCGGCUCGUUGGGCGGCGCCGUCCGCAGCGGCAGUGCGCUGGCGCAAGUGGCGGCAGUGGGCGGCAGCGGCGCCGGCGGCGCGAGCGGCAUCAUGCAGCACAUUGACGUCCACGCCCCGAUGCAGCAGCCCUAGCCUGAUGUACAAGCUCCUCUGGGGGCCUGAUGGCAGGGUGCCAGACGUGGCAACGGCAGGAAGCGGUAAGGUUGUGCCACGCACCCGCGCUGGCGCGGCGCAGGUUUGGAGUUGUGUGCGGCGGGAGGAGAGAAGGCACUGCCCAUGCGUGCGUGCGGCAUCGAAUAACCCAUAGAGCCCAGUCACGCCGGUGUGAAUGAAAGUAAGCAGUGUAGUCGUAAUCGAUCUUGAAAUAAUACACGACAGCAAAAAUAAAUGAAUCGGCCAGCCGCUCGCGAUCCUUCCAUCCCGCAGGGGUGUGGGCGUGUGGCACUGAAAUCGGAUGAAGAUGGGGCCAAGACUACAGAAUACAGUUGCAGGUGUCACCUGGUGGGAUAGGUGGGACUUGGCGCCCAACAACGUGAUGCGGCAUGGUAGCCAGGCCCGGAAGUGGCAAGUUCGCAAUUGAAACAGUUUUAAAACAUGACGAGGCUUUAUGUUGGCUUAAUGGACGGGGCGUGGCGGUCUGUUUGGGGGCUUGCGCGGUUGGGCGUGGCCGCGUGGGAUCUGGUUGGGUGCGGCAUCGUACCUCGGCGCGGUAAGAAGUCUGCUUUAAUCUUGUUACAUCUUGGCAUGUAUCGUUGAAACUAUGGAAACUGCAGUUAUCGGGUUCGAGGUGAACAGGUCUUAAGGAAUGGACAAGAAGGGCUGGUCAAGGGUACUCGGAUUUAUGUGUGUUUUGCCUGACAAUUCGGUACAGUGUGCUUGGCUGGGACAGCGCGAUGGAAGCAGGCUUGGGCGCGGUCGUCCCAUUCGAGAAGGGAUUAAUGAACACGGUUGGCGUGCAUGGGAACACGUUGUUAGAUGAACAUGGUUGGCGUGCGUGGGAGCACGUUGUUAACUCCAACCCUCGUAUAGUAUGCUAUAAUUCUUUCAUGCCUGGGGAGCCGCCAUAACCGGCGGUGUCGCAGGUAAUGGUAGCGGCCUCCAGGGCACGUCUCACCGGGGAGCCUAUCACUCAAGCUUAUCGUGUUUCGCCUUUCACGCCGUCAUACGCGUGAUAGUAUUCAUUGCAUUUCAGAAGUUUCCGUGGUUUACGCUUGGAUGCGUGUGACUGUGCGGUGCUGUGUGGCACAGGCACGCUACGAUGGCACCCGGCCCCAUCUUCGAACGAAGUUGUUUUUGCAUCAGCAAUGCUGAUGUUACCUGGACCCGAAGAGGAGAGCAUGGAUUGCUGGGUGGCUAGGUCGGCUGAGUAGGAGCUGUGGGGCGCUGCUUAACGAAAUGGUCUCGCGUUCUGCUUUCUGGCUAUGUGUCCGGUGAGUGCAUGCAACGGCAGGUCAUGUGGGGGUACCGGAGGGAAGGAUAGGGCCGAAGAAUAAGGGAUAAGGGGGUUAUUGAUUUGAAGCCCUGAGCCUAGUGCGGCCGGGGGCCGUACCAGUUGGCCCUAUGGCUUUGUGUAAUAAGAGGGGCUUUCAUAAUAAGAAUGGAAAGCAUAGCAGCUGUGUGCACGUGCGUUGGCACCCUAUGCGUGGGGCCCGUGAGCCGGCCUGUGGUGUUCUGGUGCAGGACGGCCUGCGUUUAGCGUGCGCCGGCACGGUGGGUUUCUUUGAACACCAUGCUUGCUUCGUCUGAGGGGCUGGAAUUCAGGGUUUAGGGGAGACGGAACUCGCGAAAGUUGUGUUCGUGAGUCCAUUGAAGACAAGGGGGGGGCUGCUCCGGUGUGUACUUGGUAUGCCCCGCACUGCGUUCAUGGCUAGGGGUUCCGGUGAUGUCCUGUGCCCGUCCUUGAGCUGAAAGCGAUUGCAUUUGUUACAUUUUG